GCAUCUUUAAGUGUUUGCGAAUAACCAUGUCGUUUAAUAAUAUUGGUAAUAUCAGCUUCACUGAUAAAGCAGCGAAGAUGAUUGAGGACGCGGUUGGCCUGGCGUCGAGUAACUCCUGCGCGGAGGUUCUUCCGAUACAUUUGAUGAUAGCUAUAUUGGAGGACGACAGCCAGAUUGCUCAGAAGUUGAUUGCGAGGACUGGAGCCAGUGCAGAGGAAAUAGAGCGUAGACUGAGGUCCGUUUAUACGCAUUUACCUAGACAGACACCACAGCCGCCGUCGUUGUCCCCGUCUCCGGCGUUUAUGAGGGUGCUGAACGCGGCGCAGGCGUACCAGAAGAAGUCGGGAGACACGCACUUAGCUAUUUAUCACUUGCUGUAUGCGUUGGCGACAGAAAACGCGGAGAUAAAGGGCAUUUUCUCGGACUGCGGCGUGAACGAGAAGUUGCUUGAGACGGCGUUGCAGGAGGUGAAGGGGAACCGUCGAGUGGACUCGAAGACGGCGGAGGAGAACUUCGAGGCGCUGCAGAAGUAUGGAGUGGAUAUAGUGGAACAGGCGGAAUUGGGCAAGUUGGAUCCUGUGAUUGGGCGAGACGAGGAGAUUCGUCGCGUGAUUCAGGUCUUGUCAAGGAGGACGAAGAACAAUCCGGUGUUGAUAGGCCAUCCUGGGACGGGAAAGACAGCGAUAGUGGAGGGCUUGGCGACUAGGAUUGUGAGGAAUGACGUGACGGAGAAUUUGCAGAAGUGUCGGAUUAUUUCCCUGGACAUGGGUAGCUUGGUGGCGGGAGCCAAGUACCGAGGCGAGUUUGAGGAGAGGUUGAAGUCUAUAUUGAAGGAGGUGAAAGAGUCGAAGGGGAAGAUAAUUUUGUUCAUUGACGAGAUCCACUUGGUGCUGGGAGCGGGGAAGACGGACGGGCCGAUGGACGCGGCGAAUCUGCUGAAGCCCAUGUUGGCGAGGGGUGAGUUGCGAUGCAUAGGGGCUACUACGCUGAAGGAGUAUCACAAGUACGUUGAGAAGGAUUUGGCGUUUGAGCGUCGUUUUCAGGUCGUGAUGGUGAGGGAGCCGACGGUGGAGAGCAGCAUUUCUAUACUGAGGGGGUUGAAGGACCGCUACGAGGUGCACCACGGGGUGAGAAUAAUGGACUCUGCGUUGGUGGAGGCGGUCAAUCUGUCGAAUCGAUAUAUUACGAAUCGCUUUUUGCCGGACAAGGCGAUCGACGUCGUGGAUGAGGCGUGUGCGAGCACGUGCGUGCAGUUGCACUCGCGCCCAGAGCAAAUAGACGCGUUGGAGAGGAAGAUCUUGCAGUUGGAGAUAGAGGCGGCGGCGCUGGAGAGAGAGGAAGACGAGGCGAGUAAGUCGCGUUUGGAGGUGGUGAGAGAGUCUUUGGCGAAGCAUCGAGAGGAGUUGAUGCCGUUGAACGCGCAAUACGAGUCCAGUCGAAGGUGCAUUGAGGAACUGAGAGAGAUGCGCGACCGUCUGGACAAGUUGGUGUUCAAAGCGGAGGAGGCGGAGCGUCAGUUGAAGGUGGACGUGGCGGCGGACUUGAAAUUUUACGCGAUACCGGAUUUGCAGGAGAGAGUGCGUCAAAAGACCAAGGAGGUGCAGGAGCUGAACAGCAUGUUAUCUGAGGUGGUUGGAGUGGACCAGGUGGCUGAGGUGGUUGCCAGGUGGACUGGAAUUCCGGUGUCUCGGCUGAAACAGAGCGAGAGAGAGAAGUUGCUGGCGUUGGGGAAAUGUCUGCACCAGCGCGUGAUUGGUCAAGACGAGGCCGUCGACGCGGUCGUGGAUGCGGUGCAGAGAAGUCGAGCGGGUCUCGCGCCUGCGCACCGUCCCACGGGUUCGUUUAUGUUUUUGGGUCCGUCCGGCGUGGGAAAGACCGAAUUGGCCAAAUCCUUGGCCUACGAGCUGUUUGACGACGAAAAACAUAUGAUUCGCAUUGAUAUGAGCGAAUACAUGGAAUCUCAUUCUGUGUCUCGACUUAUUGGCGCGCCUCCUGGGUACAUCGGGUACGACGAAGGUGGCCAGCUCACAGAGGCCGUUCGUCGCAAUCCUUACAGCGUCAUCUUGUUCGACGAAAUCGAAAAGGCGCACACUCAGAUCUUCAACGUCCUGCUUCAAGUCUUGGACGAGGGACACUUGACUGACGGCCUCGGGCGCCGAGUCGACUUUUCCAACGUGAUCAUCAUUCUCACCUCGAACAUUGGCAGCGAUUACCUGCUUUCUUGCAACAUCGAGAACACCAUUUCCAAUCGCGACAAGGAAGUGGUGCUGGACAUGGUCAAAAAGCGCUUCCCCCCAGAGUUCUUGAAUCGCCUGGACGAUAUCGUCGUGUUCACUCCGCUGACUAUUGAGGACCUUCGUCAGAUCGUCCCUCAACAGCUCAAGAAGAUCAGCAGCUUGCUAGCGGAUCAGAACAUCACGCUGACACUCACUCAAGGCGCAGCUGACCUGAUCAUCCAGGGAUCCUACGAUCCCAACUACGGCGCGCGGCCCAUUCGUCGAUACCUUCAAAAGAACGUCAUCACUCAGGUCGCCCGCACCAUCCUCGCCGGCGAGCUUCCUCAGCAUUCAGAAGUGGUCAUUCAGCCCAAGCCGGAUCAGUCCGGACUCGAGUUCACUAUCGUCGAGGACGUCAAGACUCAACCCGCGCCCAUGGCCGUGGAGGAAGACUAGGCUCCCCCUCCCCCGGCGGCGGCCUCCGAAAGUCUCGAGACCCUCGCAAAACGUGUAUAUAUAUACUAUACAGGCGUGUGUGUACAUAGAAGCGACGCCCCGCGUUUUUUUUUU